CUCAUUUCAUUCUUUGUUGUUCGUGUUGUCAACACCACCGCCACCACCACCACCACCAAACUCCUGCACUCGUCUCACGCUACUUCUUGCAACCCAUCAAACCCCAAUCAUGGCAUCCUCUACAAGUAGCUCAUGAGUUUCUUCCGCGAAACCCGACAUUCUCACCAUACUUACGGCCGCCCUCGUACCCGCAACCGCUCACCUUCCACUGUCUCUGCAUACCCCUCCCUCACAGCAAUCGGUUCCUUGUUUUCUAGGACUGCAAGGACCAAGAAAUUGGGUUACAGCGCCGUGUCCGACAUUGAUUCCACCCGUCGAUCGAUUAUGUCGUUUUCAGAAGUUGGUGGCCGCAAGGCCGCUGGUUCAUCGAGUGGAAAAACUGCGCUUAAGCGAUUGACACGCGAACUACAAACACUUGCACAAUCGCCACCCGAGUCAGCACUACACCUAGGCCCAUCAGAUGAGUCGGACUUGUUCCACUGGGAAGCAGUGCUCAAGGGCCCUCGCGACGUCGCCUCACCGUACCAUGGCGGUCUGUGGCUGCUCGACAUCACCGUCCCACCGAACUAUCCAAACGCUCCUCCCAAGAUCAAAUUCGUCACCCCCAUCUGCCAUCCCAACGUCCACUUCUCCACGGGCGAAAUCUGUCUGACUCUCUUGUCCGGUAAAGACUGGACCGCCGCCUACAAUCUCGGCACCACCAUCUCCGCCAUACAGCAGCUGCUAAGUGACCCAGGCAACGACAGUCCCCUGAAUGUCGACAUUGCCAAUUUGUACCGUGAACAUGAUGACAUUGCCGCAGAGGGUUUGAUCAGGUUCUGGACCGGUGAGAAGAGGUGGGCUGGUGAGGGCAAGGCUGGCUUCAUUAGUGAAAAGUUCAAGGGCAGUGGAGGGAAACUGGGUGAGUGAUGACAUCAAGCAACGCAGGGUUCAUGUAGUUUGACAUAAAAUACUACAAUUCUCCGUUUACCACUCCACAAUCAAAUGUUCCGUCUGUCUGUCGGUGACGGCCACGUGGUAUCCAUUCUCACCCGAUAACAAAAGCAGUGACCCCUCCCCAUGUUUCGCUUUCGGUCUUUCUGGGCGGUUUGACAUAAAAUCGUAGAGCACACAACAGUGGUCAGACA